UACGAAUCUAAUCACAAUGGGGCGAGGGAGAAAGACUGCAAUACAGAUAUAGACAGAGAGAGGCAGAUAUAUGGCUGGCUUUAGGCUUACAAUUUGAUUUGGACUUGGGGUUGAAGCGGGGGUUGUAAAAUAUAUUAAUAGUAAUAGUGUCAUUGUCGCAUUUGUUAUAGUUUAUUGUAUUAUUGUUAUUGCCGCUCUCACAUUGAAGGAGAGAGAGGGAGAAUAAUCGAAAUACUCAUACGGAUUAGAAUUUCACGUGGCGUAUGAGUAAGGCAACGUAAAGUACAAAACGCAACGUAAAAUUGGCCUGAUAAUAUAUUUGCAGUCCACUCUAUACAGCUGAUAAUGAUAUUUUAUUAUCCGCAUUAUCGAGCCGCAGUUAUCGGAGGUUGCCUUCGCCAACAAAUUUAUUUCAAAUUUGUCCAGCUGUCAGUUUGAUACGCGACACACGGCGGCAAGGUUCUCGACGUCUUUAUUCGCUCCGUCUCUCGCGCUCUCUCUCUGUCUCUCCUUCUCUCGCCAUGAUAACAAUCCAAGAUCCUCGCAUCUGAUUACAAGUGUCUUUCUUCGAGGAGCUUAACUGAACUGAAUUUAAUUAGGCAUACAAUUAUUGCUUUUCGAGUGCCGAUAAGUUUAAUCAUAAUUUCAAAAGGCUCCUGAUAAAAUACUUCCAGCUACGAAGUAUACAUUCGCACUCAUAUUAGCUUUAUCAGCGAGACAUGCUCAUGUGCGACCACUGAACACAAAAGACACUCGAUUACAACAAUAAAAACUUGAAGCCGGAGCCAUGUCGGAGCUAAGGAAACAACAUUUGCCCCCGGGACACUAUUUAUGUGGCUUGGGCAAAUGGCAUCCCGCCUGGCUGCAGAAAUACGCCACAACCAAGUGGUUCAUGGGCGUCUAUGGUCUACUAGGCACGAUUCAGGCCAUGUCCUACAUGUAUUUCAUUGUCACGUUGACCACACUGGAGAAGCGCUUUAAAAUACCCAGCCAAACGACCGGCAUUGUGCUAAGCGGCAAUGAGAUAUCACAGAUAAUGCUAUCACUGAUCCUAUCCUAUAUCGGUGGUCAGCGCAAUCGUCCACGUUGGAUUGCCUGGGGCAUUGUGCUCUGUGGUAUAUCCUGUUUCAUAUUGGUGCUGCCUCACUUCAUCUACGGAGCUGGCGAUGAGGUACUGCAGCUGACUCAGGAGUAUCAGGAUGGUCUAUUAAAUAGUUCGCUCAAUGCGAGCUUUGCAGCGGUGAAUGGCAGCUCGGCGAAAAGCAAGCCGGAGCAGCUUUGUGGUGCAGGAAAGCCGGCUGAGAAUUGCGAUAGUCUGUUUACGUAUGUGCCCCUUGUGCUCAUUUUCUUCUCACAGUUUGUGCUGGGCGUGGGUAAUACCCUGUACUAUGCUCUAGGCCAAACGUACCUGGAUGAUAAUACCAAGCGAACCAAUACACCAUUGAUGUUGGCGGUGGCCAUGUCGCUGCGUAUGAUUGGACCCGUCUUUGGUUUCUUCUUUGGUUUCAUUUCGUUGAACACCUUCAUUGACCCAAGCAAGACGCCUUUGAUUGAUAGUAAGGAUCCACGCUGGCUGGGCGCCUGGUGGCUUGGUUGGGUUAUCCUGGGUACCUUGAUGUGCGUGUUUUCUGGUUUGAUUGGACUCUUUCCCAAGCAGCUGCCAAAGAAAAAUAAUGAAGGAAAUCGCAAUUCACAUUUGCCCCAUGCCCUUCGACACGAGGAGCUUAAGCGAGAGGAGGGAUUUUCUUUAAGUAGCCGCGUGUCCUCGAACGUUGCCCUGGAUAGCAUUGGAGCUGGUGCCAAUGCUGAUCUUCCCAAACUGAAGGAUUUUCCACGUGCUUUAAUGCGCCUCCUGCGUAAUAAGUUGCUCAUAUUUAAUAUCUCGUCGGGCGUAUUUUAUAUACUGGGUGCUACGGGCUUCAUGACUUUCUUAACCAAGUACAUGGAGGUUGUGUUCCAUAAAGCGGCACAGAGUGCCACAAUUAUCGUUGGUCCAGUCUCCAUUCUGGGCAUGAUCAUUGGCCUCUUUGCCUCUGGCCUAGUCAUAUCGAAGAAAAAGCCAUCAAUUAGCAAGGUUCUAAUGUGGAAUGUCAUUGUGGGCAUUAUUUACAUAUGCGGUCAGAUAUCCUAUGCCUUUUUGUAUUGUCCCGAUUCCAUUUCAAAAGAUUAUUUGGGCAAUCUCAAUUUGACCAGCAAUUGCAAUGCAAACUGUUCUUGUGAAGGCGUUAAUUAUUCGCCGGUCUGCCAUGUAGCUAGUGACACCACUUACUUCUCGCCCUGCCAUGCCGGUUGCACCAGCUGGAAUGCAGACAACAAGCUGUACGAUAAAUGUGCCUGCCUCAACGAUGAGCUCACAUCUGAUCCUAUGGAACUAUAUGGAGGAGCCUCAGAGCGCUUGCUAAUGGAGGAUGGGACCACGGAUGUGACGUUCAUAGAUAACAUGGAACUAGAUAUAAUAAUGGAUAAUGUGCCACUGCUUAGCGAUGAUAAUUCUGUGGAACUUGUCGACGAUCUAUUAAGAUUGAGCAGGCGAGCAGUUGCUGAUCUGGUUUUGCGUCCAGGUGUUUGCAUGAAAGGAUGUGAUACAGUCUUUUGGAUAUUCUCCAUAACGUCUAUUAUUGUCAAUUGGUUUGGCAGCUCGGGCCGCAUUGGCAAUGUGCUGGUCAAUUAUCGCACUGUCGCGCCAGAGGAUAAAUCGUUUGCCCAGGGCUUGGCUUUGAUGAUGAUCAGCUUAUUUGCCUUGAUACCUGGUCCCAUUAUAUUUGGGCGCAUCAUCGACUCCACCUGCCUGAUAUGGACAAAAACCUGUCAUGGCAAUGGCAAUUGCCAGUUGUACGACCAAACGAAAUUCCGUUAUUCAAUCAACUUUUUGUCCUGCUUCUUCACGUCUAUUGGCGUGGUGUUUGAUUGGCUUGUUUGGUACUAUGGCCGCGACCUGGAUCUUUAUGGCGAUAAGGAGACGAAGCGACAGGAGCCGGCCAACAGGCGCGAUCAGCCCAUUACACCGCUAUUGGCGAAAAAGGCGCUGCAAGCGGAUUGCUAAGCAGCUUCCAAUUCUCCAGUUAUUGGUGCGAUUUUCACAGCCAUUUGUACAAACAUCUCGCAGAUGCAGAAGAAACAGGCAUACCAUGGAGACAUCCAGUAAUCCUGUAUGUUGUUAAUACUGUUAUUUGUUCAUAAAUAAUAAUAUGAAUUUAUAUGUUUUAAUACCCUAAAAGCAAUGAAAAUAAAUAA